CAGGCAGGCAUGUGAGUGUGUCAGUUACGAGAUCUCUAGCUUUGAUCGAUCGAUCGAUCGAUCUGUAUUGCAUGUUUUUUUUCCCUUUUUAAACUCAUCGAUCCAGGCCCCGUCGUUGAACAUAUCCGAUCCGAAUUGAAAAUGGAUCUGCGCGCGCGCGUAGGUUUAAUUAAUCUGAUCUUAUCCGGCCUCUCUAGCUAUCGAUCUGAUCUAGCUAGAUAAGAUAAUAACAGAUCCUCUAAAAUCUCGGAUUUCGAUAUAUAUAAUACGUACACGGAAUUGAAGUGAUCUAAAAUCUCAUCCAGCCAGGCCGGCCAUUCGAUAGAAAUAAUUUGAUAAGCUGGAAUGGCGAAGGCGGCGGCGUCGUCGUCAUCAUCUUUAUUGAGUGUAAUAUCUGUCAUUGUGGUUUUGGUGAAGUUGUGCGGAGGGAGUAGUAGUGGUGUGGGAAUAUAUGAGUUGAAGAAUGGGGAGAUGUCGGUGAACAUUACCAACUACGGCGCCACUCUCCUCUCUCUCGUCUUGCCUGAUCGACAUGGAAAAUUGCAGGAUGUGCUUCUCGGCUUUGAUUCCCUCGAUGGAUACAAGAAUGAUACAACAUACUUUGGAGGGCUGGUUGGACGGGUAGCCAACAGAAUUGGGGGAGCAAGGUUCAAUUUGAAUGGGGUCGAGUACAAACUCCCUGCGAAUGAUAAUGGACGCAACACCCUCCACGGUGGUAGCAUAGGAUUCAGUGAUGUUAUAUGGACAGUUGAAGAGUACAUUCAGAACCGCCAUCUCUUACUCUCCUACAAGAGUCCCGAUGGAGAACAAGGAUUUCCCGGUGAUGUGAAUGUGAGUGUGAAAUACAUGCUAUUGGGCAAGAACAAGCUAGGCAUAAGGAUGAAAGCCAAGGCUGUGAACAAGGCAACCCCUGUGAAUUUAGCCUCACACUCCUACUGGAACCUUGCUGGCCAUACCAGCGGAGACAUCUUGUCCCACACCAUCCAGAUCUUCGGGUCGAGCAUCACACCCGUAAAUGAUGAUCUCAUCCCCACAGGGGCCAUCCAACCCGUGAAAGGGACACCAUAUGAUUUCCUCCGACCGCGUGAAAUCGGCAACGAGUUGAGCCGACUCCCGGGAGGAUACGACAUCAACUACGUGCUGGAUGGCGCGAAGGGAAUCUCGCCGCGCCACCUGCACAGGGUGGCUGUGGUGGAGGAGCGCAAGUCGGGUAGGAAAAUGGAGUUGUGGACCAACAAGCCCGGGGUGCAAUUUUACACAAGCAAUAUGCUGAAUGAUACGGCAGGGAAAGACGGGUUUGUGUAUCGAAAAUAUGCUGGGUUGUGUUUGGAGACGCAGGGUUUUCCAGACUCCGUCAACCAUCCAAAUUUCCCUUCGCAGGUUUUAAAUCCGGGGGAGACUUAUGAUCAUGUCAUGGUUUAUAGGUUCACUGCGCACCCCACAAGCUAUGGGCGGAAGGGCGCAUUUUGAUCUAUCUGAGCAGCCGCGUUUAAUACCUUAGUUUAGUUAAUAAAUUUGAACUUUCCUAGCUUUUUCCAUAGUCAUGCAUCGUUUUUAUACUUUUAGCCUAGUGACCAGUAUCUCUUUUCACUAUCGAAGAUGAUAAUGUAACAAACUUCUUGGUCAAACUCAUCCUUCAAGUUAAAAAAACAUCCUUCAAUUGUUCUUAUAAUAAUUUACUCUAAUUGGUGUUGUGUGUUCUGCUUCGAAUCCCCCAUGGGCGUCAAUUGGGCUCAAGCGACCCAACAUUCUUAAGCUUCUCAAUACUCUUAAUGAUUAUCAUGUAAAAUUAAUACUUCCUCCGUUCCAAAUUGUUUUGCAAAGCCAACAUUUUUUGGUCAACCAAUAUUAAAAAUCAAUGCUCUGCAUCGAUAAUUAAUUUAAUUUUUAAUAAUUAAAAUUACAUUCAGAAACUACAUUAAAAUAUUUUCAAAGUUGCAAACCCCAAAUUAGAAUAUAUAUAAAAAUUGACAUCCUAAUUAAGCCAAUAAUAUGAAACUGUUUGACCAAAAAAAGUCAAAUUUGCAAAUCAAUUUGGGACGGAGGUAGUAUUUAAUACGUAAUAUUUUUUAUAAAAUGUUAAACCUAAAUGCUACUCCGUACUAUUUAUAGAUUUUCACGGAGUAAUCUAUACUUCACGAAAAACAUGCACAAUUAGAUUUGCUUAAUCUUUUGAACAUCCACGAUGCCAUUUUUUUUUAAUAUUCUUUGAUAAAAAUCAUUUUCAUAAUAUUUUAAAA